CAUCGCUUAAUCAAUGGAAGAUCCACCAAUGUUGAAGAGCAAGAAAGAGUGUUUAACACAAUCACUAACAUCACCAAGGCAACAUCUUUUCACCCCAGUCACAUCAUUGGUAACAUCUUUGUCAGACUGCAGACUGAGAAACAGAUGGCAGCUUUUCAAAGUUUGUGUAUCUCCAAGCAAGAAGCAACUGUUUCUAAGCUUGCAUCUUCACUUCCACUAUAUGGAAAUACAAUUAUUCCACAUGAGAACAUAGAGAAGCACAUCCGAUCUUGGCAAGCCCACCUUGAGAGAGUAAGUGAUUUUCUGUUGACUGGAAAGGGAAGCUGGUGGAUGGACCACAAGAAUGGUGACAUCGAAUGUUAUGAUGGCGAGAAGCCCCCAGAUAAUCAUGCUGAAGGUCCUUCACUUCAUCAAUUUUGA